AUUAAUUAAUUGCAUGCUACUUAUAUUCGAUACAUUUUGUGAUCAACGAAGAGAUUCUUGAUUGGUAACUCUUAGGCUACUUUGUUAAAAUUGCUUGAGUGCUUUACUAGCGAAAUGGCGACUGAUGAGACCAAAUUGAGCUUGAAGCUUUUGAUUGACACCAAGGCUAAAAAAGUGCUCUUUGCUGAGGUUGAAAAGGAUUUUGUUGAUUUCCUGUUUCACAUUCUUACGCUGCCAGUGGGCGUAGUCACAAAGCUUCUUACGGAAAAAGGAAUGAAGGGGUGCUUGCAUAACAUCUACGAAAGCGUAGAGAAUAUGAGCGACACCUAUAUUCAGUCUAAGGAUAUGAUUUUAAAACCUGAGUGUCCUUACAGAAUCUCAUUAGUUCCUCUUCAACUGCUUAAUGACGUUCCGAUUCAAAGGGUUGUUUAUAAUUGUACCGACAAGUGUGCUUAUGCUACCGAUGACCCUAGUGCUAAAUGUCCAAACUGUCAAUGGCAAGCUAUGACAAGAAUGAUGAGAUAUGUUGCUCCGCCGAUAGAGAAGGGAGUUUAUCCGGCCAAAGGUGGUUUUGUUCAGAAUGUGAUGAGAUACAUGGUGAUGGAUGACUUGGUUGUUAAGCCUGUCUCCGCCAUUUCUACCAUUACCGGUCUUAACAAGUAUUUUAAUGUCAUGAAUGUUGAUUUUUUGCAGGAGGAAAUGGUAGAGUUUGGUAAGGAAGAGGCGCUGAAAUUGCUGAAGUCAUCGUUUGAGUCGAAAGCAGUUCUGACAAGUGUUUUCAUGAGCAGUGUACGUUUGAAAACAGAAUUAGUGUGUCAGUAGAUGUAGUAAUACUACUUGAAUUGGGUCGUUCACUUUGCUCAAAUGCCUUUUACUGUCUUUCUUUUUUCCUACGCCAUUCUCUAGUAAUAUCUUCCUCACAAUCUAUCUUCCUAUUUCUCUUAAAUAUUUUUAAUUUCUAUGUUCUUUUUCGUUUUUCUAAUUGGCUAAUUUUAUAGCAACAUCAGUAGUGUUUAAUUGUGUUACUAUUA